AUGCAUCACUACAGCGUUUUUACGGCAAAGACUUUAUCUGGUACUUUCAACGAGGACGUGUUGAAGGCUCUCCAGGUAGACCUUCCGAGCCUGGCCUUUGAACAUGAUUUUCUUUUGGAUGCCGUUCUUUUUGCUGCAAUGGUCCACCUAGGUUGUAGUGGUAUACCAGUCAAAAACUUGCCUUUCUUUGCCUAUCGUGAUCGGACGCUGCGAGCACUACGCGGAGCGAUCGGCAAUAUAUCAUCAGGUAACAUUCAUGCCGUGAGAGGCGCAUCCGUGUUGAUUGCGGCUGUUUCCUUCCCGACCGACCGAAUAACAAACCAACCUGGCCUAUGGAUGUCCAAUUGGAUGGCUUUAGCCCUGGGUCAACGAAACUUCCAAGCAAUGCCAGAGUUUGAACAAUAUACACCUGGCGAGAAGAACCCCAUAUCAGCUAGAGGUCUCUAUGGGUCUUUCUCGGAUCUUUUUGCGCCAGCAGUCAUACCGCAUCCUAUCCAGCCUUUGCUUAAUAGAGAUUGCAACCUAAGAGAGAACUCAUUUUAUCACUCUACACUGUCUACAGCUGCAGGAGAGCUGGGGAGACUAAUAUCUAUCCUUGGAACUCCAUUCGAGCCUGUUUUUCUUGAGAAACAAGCCAAGGCAUGGACUUUUGACGUGGUGCCGCCCGAUUUUCUCUCUUUUAUACAACAAGAACGGCCCGAAGCCCUUGUCAUUUUAGCCUACUACCUGGCUGUUUUGAAAUUUCUCCCGAGAACAUGGAUUUAUGAAGAUUGUCUCACUCAUGAUAUUGAAGUCGUUGCUUCUAUCCUUGGUCCCGCCUGGGAAGAACACAUUUCAUUACCAUGGAGAAUCAUACAGAUGGAUGACAACAUUGCUGCUGCACAUCUUCUAGUCAGCUGUUUGGGGGAUAUUGCUGGAUCUCAGUAA